AUGCCAAACUCAUACAUUCUUAUUAAAGGGGCUACAGUGAUCUCUGUAGAGCCAUCGAAGGGGAAGCCCCUCUACAACUGGGACAUUCUGAUAGAAAACGACCGGAUAAAGGCUGUAGGCCGAGACCUACCUUUGCCUGAAGGCAAUUCGUCCAUUAUCGAUGCAAAAAACUGCAUUGUCACUCCAGGGUUCGUCGACGGCCACCAUCACAUGUGGCAGCACCUCCUGCGCGGUAUCACAGUUGAUUGGUCUCUAUUCGGUUAUGCAUGUCACCUAAGGAGUGUCUAUGGGAGUUUAUACACACCAGACGAUGUCUACUUCGCCAACUAUGCUGCUGCGUUGAGUCUGCUUAACAAUGGCGUGACAACCGUCCUGGAUCACUGUCACGUUAUAAACUCCCCCGCCCACGCCGAUGCAGCAGUGAAGGGUUUGAAGGAUGCUGCUAUUCGAGGCACGUUCUGCUAUGGGCUAUACCAGAACCCGAAAGAACCAGGGAAUUUUGCGAGUACUGCGACAGACACGUUUGACCAAGCCGCACGAGUCGACGACGCUCUCCGUGUGCGCCAGGAAUAUUUCCCAGCCAACGAUCCCCAGAGUUCCCUUCUCACUUUUGGUAUUGCAUUGAAUGACCCACCGACGAUAUCCCGGGAACAAAAUAUCGAGGAAUUGGAUCUUGCGAGAAAGCUUAAAGCUAGGCUGUCGACUGUCCAUGCUUCAGCGGUAUCACACGGGACUCCUAAGCCUGAAGUCAUCCAGAAUUUUGUUGAUGCAAACCUGAUGGGACCAGACCUCGUAUUCAGUCACGGAAGUUGGAUGACAGAUGACGAGCUGGCUGCGGUGCGGGAUUCUGGGGCUGGGAUUGUUGGGACGCCCGACACAGAGCUGCAAAUGGGCAUGGGGUCUCCCGUGGUAUGGAAAGCCGCUGAUAUUGGCUGUCACGCGGGCCUUGGGCUGGAUAUUACCUCGAACCAAGGUAAUGAUUUCAUGGCGCAGAUGAGGUUGGCUCUUCAGGCGCAACGACCUCGCGAGUAUGACCAUCGUAUAGUCGAGAGAGAUCUCCGCAGGAAGGCAGUAGACGCAUUACGCAUGGCAACCCUGGGAGGAGCGGAGGUUAUGGACAUGGGGUCAUUGAUUGGUUCUAUCGCUCUUGGUAAAAAGGCUGACCUGGUGAUCUUUCGCUGUGACGACAUUGACACGGUGCCUGUUGUGGACCCUAUCGCGACUGUGGUUUUCCAUGCAUCGCCAAAGAACAUUGACACUGUUAUCGUCGACGGAAAGAUUGUUAAGCAGAACGGUCAGCUUGUCGGUGUUGACUGGGAGUUCCUGCAUGAUCAGAUGAUACGCAGAUCGCAACGUCUGAGGGACGAAGCAGCGAAAGUUGAUAUGGGGAAGGCAGAAUCGAUGUUCCGCUCCAUAUUCGAGAAGGCCAUGUAA